CGCUAACAAGGAAAUUAAAAAAAAUCACCAACAGAUUGAAUUUCUUGGAGAAGUUCGGGAGCGAUUUUCUUUUGAGUGAUUUGCUCCUCUCUCUUUAGCGGGGGAAGAAAGUUCGCAAGCGAAAAUGAUUUUUAUGCGACUAUUCCAUCCAUGCCUGCACCAAAAUAUCAAAAGGUAUAGCGACCUUUACUAUAGCAUGUGAGAACUCUGCUUUUAGCUCGUGAUUGCAAGCAAGAUAAUUCUCUUUUUUAUCACUCCUCUUCUUUUCUUCGCUCACGCACACUCGCCGACGAUUUUUUUGUUUGCUGAGAAAACCGCAAUAAAAGAACGCGUCCACGCAAUACGUCCCGUUAAAUUGCGUUAGCAACUUUUGUUUUGUGGCGGCUUUUGUGGCUACGCUCUGUGGUUUGGGGAUGAUUGUAGAUGCGGGAAUGAGAGAGGAAAAGAUAAUGUCAAAUGGGAUUGUGUAAACACGAGAUAGAGAAAAGCAAUUUUUUUGCCUGAGAAUUUCGCGAUAGAGAGAAGGGUAGUGGAAAUGGAAUACCCGAUUCGAGUGGUAGUUUGACAGUUCGUUCCAUAAGAAAUACAUUGUUCACUACCAAUCGCGUCGGGUACUCCAUUGGUAAAUGAUAUUUCGGGCAUGAUAAUUGUAGGCGCUGAGAACUGAAAGUAUGAUAUUUUUACAACCCUGGUUGCUAGAUCUCAAAAUUGUUACACCCAUCGGAAAAGUCUCAUUCAAAAGUUCAUUUUUCGUGUUAUUUUAAAACUUGUGAGGAAUGAAAAAACUAAUCCUUUAUAAAUAAGCAAUUUUAAAAUAUUUUUUUUGUAAUUUUUUGAUGCAAUCCAAAAUAUCAAAAUUUACAAAUUAUCAUUUCUCAGAGAAUCGCUCCCCCUUUAUCGCACGCCUGUAUUAGUUGUCGGCUCCCUGUUCCAUCCCGUUCCGUGCAGCAGCAGCAGUGAGAGUGAAACCAGUCAGGGCGGCGGCGGCGGCAGUGUUGGGGAAGGAAAAAAAACGACGACGACAAACCACCAACACCAGGCCCCACAAUUAAGAACUGUGUGCCGAGAGUGUGGCCUAAAGACCUAUAUUCGACGGUGGGUUCUGUUCUGUCAAGUUCGGUGUUGAUUAUUCCCGAAAUUAUCGCGCGUUCGAGAUUUCGAUUUGUUGUUCUGCGUGCGUGAUAGUGAAAGUGCAAUCGGUGUGGAAGCGCGCGAUUACUGUCAAAAGUUGCGCUAAUUGUGCGUGUUUUUUUUUCUGGAUUGCGACUUUGAAAAGUUCUUUUUCGCUAAAAGCUAAGCAGGUUUCCGAAUUAGAAGAAGGGGACAAACACGCACACAAACAGUCAUACAUACACGCGGAAGGGAGUUUGAGCGCGGUUGUGUAAGUGCGCAGUUGCGCGGCGCGUGUGUUUGUAUUGUGCAUUUUAGAGCCAAGAAGAAUGAAAUUCGCGAUUAUUAUUGCGAAUUUGUAGAAUCGCGCGGCAGUCGGUCAGCUUUGUGUGUUGGUGUGCGUGCGUGCAUGUGUGUACACGCGAAAACGGGGUUUGGAUUUCGAUUGGCGAAUUUUGUGCGGAAAGGUUGUGCGGGAUUGCGGGAGCGGGAGCGGACGGGGUAUUGAAAUAGUAGUUCCUGGUGUGGCCAAAUUGGGUGAUGGAGGCGCCACCCAUUCUGCUAGUGUUUGUGUCCCCGGAAUGAGGCCACAGCUGCUGCUGCAAAAUCUGACCCCGACCCCGACCUACCUACGGCGGUGCAGUUCCUUGGCGUUACACCAGGCCUGACCUUGAACUAUAUACUCUUUGGUGCAAGUUGUUGCAUCUCCCGCACGACAAUCCCGGGAAGAGAGUGCGUUUUCAGUGGUGAUUCGGGAAUCGUCUCCCGUCUUGUGAGUGUGAGAGUGCGUCGUACAUAAAUGUCUAUGUAUGUGGGUGGGUGACGACGACCAGGAAGUGUCCAACCCCGACACCCGAAUGAUGGUCCGGGUUCAGGUUGGUGAAUCUGCGAGCGCCAUUCAGUCCAGUGCUACCUGAUGGAAUCGGGCUAACGCGCGCGUCUACGUCUCGAAGAAUCGUCCCUCAAGUACAAAGUUACAAAGUGUUCAAGUUCCAAAACCCCCCUCGCGAAUCCCCAAGAGUAGUAGGUUAAAAAUACAAACCGGAAGAAGCUAAACCAGCCAAAAUGCACGAAGAAGCGUCCUCAACUGCGGCCAGUUCCUCCACGACACCGUCAUCGUCCUCGUCCAAGAACAUCAUCUACGGCUCCGCUCCCUUCCACGGCAAUCUCCUAAUCACCACCUCCCAACUUCCCGACCCCAACUCCUCGUCCCUGUACGAGCUGAUCCACCAACCAGCCGCCCCCAUGAACCACCAUCACAACCUCCACCACCACAACCCAAUGACGACCUCCAAGCUCAUCCUGUCCAACAACUCCCUCAUUUCCACCACGACCGCCCCGAACCCGCUCGUCGAAGACGAGUUCAACGUCGUGGCCAGUUCCGCCGACCUGCACGAGCUGGCGGCCGCCGCCAAUCUGGACGACUCUACCAGCGAUGCGGUGGCGGCCGCGGCCGCCCUCAUCGACCUGCAUCCGUCGUCCUCGUCGGCGGCGGCGGUGAUUCCGGAGCUGGCCACGGCCACCAGCAGCUCCGGCAGUGGGUGCAGUUCGCUGGAGGAAGCGGUCGGGCCGCUCGAGCCGAUUGAGAUUAAGAUUCCGGGUUCCGGAGCGGUGGCGGCAGCGACCUCCGCGGACGAUGGGUCCUCGUAUGCGGAAGGGUCGUCCGAUGGUGGCUACCACGAGAACAUCUCCCAGACGCAGUCCAACUAUCUAGCGGCGAUCCCCCCGUCAGAACUGUGCCCCGUGUGCGGUGACAAAGUUUCAGGCUACCACUACGGACUGCUGACGUGCGAGUCGUGCAAGGGCUUCUUCAAGCGUACCGUCCAGAACAAGAAGGUGUACACGUGCGUCGCCGAGCGGCAGUGCCACAUCGACAAGACGCAGCGCAAGCGGUGCCCGUACUGCCGCUUCCAGAAGUGUCUCGAGGUCGGCAUGAAGCUAGAAGCGGUCCGCGCCGACCGGAUGCGCGGCGGCCGGAACAAGUUCGGCCCCAUGUACAAGCGCGACCGGGCGCGGAAGCUUCAAAUCAUGCGCCAGCGGCAGCUCGCCAUCCAGGCACUUCGGGGGUCGAUAGGCGGCGGCGUCGGCAUCGGCCAGCUCGGCACGGCAGCGGACGGAUCGUCACCGGCGGCGGCGGCGGCAGCGGCCGCGGCAGGUCUCCAGGGUCUCGACUACCACCAGUCGCCGUACUCGAGUAUGCACAUCAAGCAGGAAAUCCAAAUACCGCAGGUGUCCUCGUUGACGUCAUCGCCGGACAGUUCGCCGAGUCCGAUUGCGAUCGCGCUUGGCCAGGUCAACCCGCAGACGACGAUCUCGUUGAGCAGUGGCGUCGGUGGCAACGGAAGCAGCGGCGGAGGUGGCAGCAGUGGCGGCGUCGGCGGCGGAGGAGGAACGGGCGGCGGUGCGGGCAAUGGUGGGGCAGGUUCCGGCGGUGCGGGCACCAACGGCGGCUCCAACUCGACGUCCACCGCCAUCCAGAGCCAACUGUCCGAGUCGAAGCUAUGGAUGAGCGCCAACUCGACGACCGCCUCACCACACUCGCUAAGUCCCAAAACGUUCAGCUUCGACAGCGGCACCAACCCCACCAGCACCGCCGACAACCCAGCGGACACGUUAAGGGUCUCGCCGAUGAUACGCGACUUUGUGCAGUCCAUCGACGGGGACGACCGGGAGUGGACGGCGUCCCUGUUUUCGCUGCUGCAGAACCAGUCGUACAACCAGUGCGAGGUCGACCUGUUCGAGCUGAUGUGCAAGGUGCUGGACCAGAAUCUGUUCUCGCAGGUCGACUGGGCGCGGAACACGAUAUUCUUCAAGGAUUUGAAGGUGGACGACCAGAUGAAGCUGCUGCAGAACAGCUGGUCGGACAUGCUGGUGCUCGACCACAUCCACCAGCGGUUGCACAACGCGCUGCCGGACGACACGACGCUCCACAACGGGCAAAAGUUUGAUCUCUUAGGGUUAGGGCUGCUGGGCGUCCCGAGCUUGGCCGAGCACUUCAACGAGCUGCAGAACAAGCUGCAGGAGCUCAAGUUCGACGUCGGCGACUACAUCUGCAUGAAGUUCCUGCUGCUGCUCAACCCCGGCAAGGCGGAUGUUCGGGGGAUCACCAACCGAAAGACGGUCAUCGAAGGCUAUGAAAACGUGCAAGCGGCGCUGCUGGAUUACACCCUCACCUGUUAUCCGUCGGUGCCCGACAAGUUCGCCAAGUUGCUCAGUAUUAUUCCGGAGAUCCACGUGAUCGCGUCCCGGGGCGAGGAGCACCUGUACAUCAAGCACUGCGCCGGCAGCGCCCCCAGCCAGACGCUGCUGAUGGAGAUGCUGCACGCCAAGCGGAAAUGAGUCCGCCGGCACAGCAACGGUGGCAGCUCGCGGCGGCGGAAGGAGGCGGCAUUUUCGUUCCACGUGGAUUCUAUGUACUUUGCGUUGCCUGCCCCACCACCACCACUACCCACCCAGGAUUAAGUUUAAGAAGGCGAAGAGAGCGGGGGAAAAACCCAGAUUAAGAGGUUACCAUUUUUUUCUCAUCUCAGCGAAGUAAACUUUAGUUGUGUAACGGGAUUUCUUGAAAAGAAAGAAGGAGAAACAAACAGAGAUGCUGCCGCCAAAUUGCCGAGAGAAUCUAGCUUGCUAGGUUUGAAACAGAUGCAACAAUUCCGGAUCGCGCCACAGCCACAUCCCCAAACCCAUCCAAGAAAGAGAGAAAACUGAAGGACAGUCCGUGAUCGUGGAGCAGAAACGGAAGUUAUACCAGAUAAAUCCAAAACCGCAGAAAAAAAAAACACAAAACAAAAACAAACGUAAUACAAAGGAUCUAAAACUAAGUGUUCAAUAAAUGUUAAAUCAAGCUGUUAACGAAUUCUCCUUAAAACAAUAACUCUUAUUAGUAAUUUGUCAAACUUAUUUUGUUAUCUUCAUUUGUUUCGGAAACGUUAGUGCAAUACAAAUAUAAAACCAACCACAACAACAAAAACCCACACGAAACUCAUUUCUCAAUGUGUCCUCAAUAUAAAGCAACCGUAGAUGCAGCAAACGAAUGGCAUUUCUCAUCCCUCAUCAAGAAAAUGCAGCAGAAACCCAUUUUUGAUCGCCGCACCCCCCAAUUAAGAAAUAUUCCUCUUUGUCCAAACACACCAGCUCUACUUAUACAACAGAAAAAAAUAUAUAGAAACCCACAAAAAACGGCACUCUUGACGGAAAUAUUACCGAGAAAAAAAAAUAAGGGAAAUAACUCAAAUCAAAGUUGUUUAAAAGCUCUUACUUGUUGAAGCAAACUUACAAAAGAAAAACAAAAUACCACACAAAGCUGUAUACUAAAUGUUACCGAUUAAAGCCACUCACACAGUUUACACAAACAGAAAAAGUCAACAAAAACAAGCGAACGUUUAAAAAUCGAUGUGUCAGAAGCUAGAUUUCACCGACUCGAGCAAAACAAAAAAAAACAGAAAUCGCAAAUUGUAGUGCUUGUUGUUGUUUUUAGUUUAGCGGCAAUUUGUUGUUUGCAGGAGGUGGGGGAAACUAGAAAGUGUGGGGAGUGUUGAAAACGAGGGGCUUCCGGAGGAAAGUGGGUCAGAAUAUUUCAAUGUAUUUUUACCGUGUAAUGCACGUGUUGAUUUGUUUCAGUGUGGCCUAAACUUUUUACUUUGAUUUAUUUCUUUUUCUCCAAACAGACUUCAUAUUUUUAAUCGAAUUCUUUUUCUUUAUCUUCAAAAUAAAUUAAACAACUUUCUUCUAUUUCCAAAAUCUUUAAUCUUUUCACUAUUUAACUUCAACACUGGUUCAAAUUUCUUCAUACUUUCUAUCAAAAUAACUCAACGAUUCUGUUUCUUUAUUUUUUUCUGUCAACUUAUGUCAUAACUUUCUAGUAAUCUUCGACUAAACUGAUUUAAUCCUUCAAUUUCCAACACACUGGUUCAAAUCAACACGUUCAAUCGAAAUCAACCUGUCAACAAAGCCUAAAACGACCAGUCAAACCCCUCCCCGUCAAACCUCACGCUUCCUUCGCACCAGAAUUGGGUGCAAACUCACCCCCCAACAGGCAGAACCGGCUACCGUUCCACCUCCACCGGAGAUCUUCCCGCGAGUCCCAUGGCGUGCAACUCUGUAAAUAUAUAUGAAACCAAAAAAACACACGCAGCAAAAAUCACACUCUAUCCCGUUUUCGAACAAAGAAAAACAAACACACCCUUCCAAGGACUGCUCUAUCUCUAUCUGUAGCGAAUAAGUGAAAUGAAAAAACCAAAAAACGAAUGAAUAAAUUGUGCAAGUGGGGGAACUCUUAGUAAUGCUGGACCAGGGGGGGCGCAACUUUCCAGUUGCGCCCCCCUAAAGGGUCCUUCUAGGUGGGUGCCCGCGCUCGCGCGCGGCUUCCGACAGUGUCAGUUGAUCCCCCUAAGCGGAUUCGAACUUCCGGAAGAUUAAUCUUGCGGACCGUUGCGCUCCCAAAGUGGGGGUCCAAUCUGGUACGAUCGACGCGACAGGCGGCGCUGUGGCGCCCCGUUUUACGACGACACGAGGGGAGGAUUAGUCUGUAAGACGCAACGCUGACCGGGCACGGUAAUCGGUGGUGAUCUGUGGAGCGGGUUUGGUCGCGGCUGCAAGUGGAGUGCGUUUUGUGACCUCUUGGAAAGAAGUGUGGAAAUUGUGGGGUGGGGCGAGUUGACUGGUUUUUGAAGGCGGUUACAUCGGAUGGAGGAACCCUCGCGCUCCGCGCGCCACCUGUUGACACCUAAAAAACAAACCAAUGUGAUGCUAACAAUGUGUUCUAUACGAGGAAACAAGAUACAAAGUUGAAAGAAAGGAGAUAGUCGUCGUUGGGAGAAGGGGAAGCGGAUGAAAAGCGUUGUAUAUUUGUAACAAUUUCCGGUCCCCGCAGGAAAUCGAACCGUCGAACCGUCUGUUGCGGAAAGCGGAAGCAGGAAGGGAAAAUGAAAGUAUUAUCGAAUAGUUUUAUUUAUUUUUAUUACCUAGUAAGGAUCGAAAUUGAGCGCGAGCCUCGGUGUAGAAAAAAUCAUGUUAAAAACAAACGCAAAAGUGAUUGUGUAAAUAGCGGAAACUUGUAGUACAGAGAGACUCAUAUAAAACAACCAAACAAAAGAUGACAAAGAAAGGCUCUAGCAACAGACACACACACACAGAAACGGACACACACAUGAAAAAGAGAGAGGACAUAAAUAUAUAUUUUUUGAUGCCACUUUUAUCUUAGUAGAAGGCGAAGGUUUAAAGAUCGUCUGAAAUACUCUCCAGGAUUUCCCAAUUUUGCCCCCACCCAAACGAGAAGUUGCGAAAAAUGACAGGUUUUUGCCGGAAAAGAGACUAACUUUUGGCGCUUUCCAGUAAGAAAAAUCGAGCCAACUUGGCUUGAUCUCGAGCCAAUGCCACUCGAUUUUUCUCACUGGGUUGGUUGUCAAAAUUUGCACGGAAAGAAAUUCUUUUAACGACUUUUGCAAAAUCAAAUGAUAACGUGUUUGAGCUUUUCACUUGAAAACAUAAACAAAGAUUACAGAAGCCACACGGAAAAGAAAAUAACCUCAAAAUGUGCAACAAAACAGCUUAAAAGUCCAGAGAAAUUUGUUUUUUUUUUUUCAAGCUGCAAUUUUUGGCAGAUAAUCCGGAAGUUUCUAGAUUUGUCAGAGGUUUGGAAUUAAAAAAAAUCUCAAGUUCCGCAUAACUAUUUUCUAUAUUCUUCAUGCGGAAAUUCUGUAAGGCAUUUAAUUUAAUAAUUAAUUCUUUGUUUAUUAUGGAAAAACGAUUAAUUGGACUUUUGUUUUGCUUAUUUCAGCAACAAACAGUUUUUAUGUUACAAAUGUUAAUUUUGAAAAUUUCCUUCGCCUGUUUUUAGUUUUUUUUUUUUGCUUUAUUUUUUGUUAUUCUAUAAUUGUUUCAAUGCUUGAUGUAAAGUGUGGCAAAUUUUCCAAUUGUUUUGGCUAAUUUUUGGAUUUUUAUUUAAAAAAAAAACAAUUCUUGUCAGUGAAAGAACUCGCAAAAACGACAAGAUCUGAUCUGAAAAUUCUUCUUUAGUAGUUAUGAUUGGACUAGCUAAUUUUACGAUUACAUUAAUAGUUUUAAGCUUAUGCAAAAAAACUAUUUUUUACAAAAAUAAAUUUCACGGUUCUACCAACGUAGGCCACAAAGCUCACAUGCUUAAAAUCUGUUCAUUUUUUCUAGCCAAAAAAUCCUUCAAUUUAGGACAAUUUAUUGCAAAAUUGAACAAUUUUAAUUAGUGCUUCAAAGUAAAAAAAAAUAUGUAUAAUAUAAUAAAAUUACUAAUUUAAAUAAAAAAAUUAUUUUCUUGUUUUCUUUUGGUCUCAAACUGACGACCUGACAUAAAAAAUGAAUGCUUCAUUUCUAGUUUGUUUUUUUUGGCAAAGAAGAACAAAAAAUCGGUUGAAAUAUCGAUAUUAAUGCUGGACUAAGUGCUGUCAAUUGGAUUUUAGCUGUCUACAAAAUGGUAAAUUUUACCAAAAUUUUAUUUAAUCUUACCAAAAAAAAUUGUUUUACAGCGUUCAAGGCAGCUAAUUUAAAUUGGAAAUUUUUCAACAGAACUCCUUUCCAUGCAUGAAACCUUUUUUCGACGAUUACUCAUUUGGGCGCUUGUACAAGUUCUCUGCCGCGGUCACGUCGAGUUGGGGUUUCGUCCAACACACCCACAAACACACCUAAAUCUCAAAUCGAGUCGGAAUCCGGAGGUAUUUAGAGCGACCCGAAAACCUUCACCAAAAAAAAAAGGGAGAUGUAGCAAUUCAAUGCCUUUUCAAAAGUACAAACAAAAAAGUUACACACUUACACGGUAGACACUUACACCUACACAAACACACACAAUUUAAAAAGAGAGAGAGAGAGAGAAAUCAACGUUAUGUACACUUGUGUAGAUUUUUACGACUCCCAGAGGUAGUGUUGCACCCCGAUAGAGAGCACCACCAGCUAGGAGA